UACUUCGUGACAGAAAGGACUAUAUGUCCAAUGAUAAAGUAGCAGUGGUGUACUAAUAAAAUGCUUCACUUGCUCAUGUUUGUUCAACUAAAAUAUUUCUUUUUCAGGAUAAACCAUCAGCCUGUGUCCAUCACCCAACUUAGCAACAACAUGUUGCUGUUAAAUAUUUGCAUCUAUGCCAGCCUGAUGCUGUCCCUCCCUCAGUGUGCAUAUCAAUCAUGCAUAGAGGGUACACCCAGACAGUGCCUUGAUGCAGAUUUUGCUCCCGGUACCAAUUUGGCCGGGGAAGGCUUUGAUAUUACCAAGAUGGAACGUAAGGGAGCCUUUGUGCUUGACAUGAAUCAGUGGAAACGCAAGGACAAAACAUGCAUCCUGUGCAGCAACCCCUAUCUGGAGAACAAAAAGCAAAAGCUCCCCUUGUCAGUGGUGGACUGGAGACCAAAGCAGUCCUGCAGCAUUAAAGUGGCCAGUGCUCUCCACCGAUCCAGUGAGUCUCUGGUCAGUUCCAGCACCUCUUCUGUAGAAAACAACUGGCAGGCUAAUCUAGAUGUUGAUGCGGGUGCAAAAGGUGGCUCAGUGAUGCUAGCUGGUACCCAUUCUAAACUGGCUGAAUACUCCAUGGAAAAAACAAAGAAUGACAAGUUCAGCUUCACGAGUCAAAGCAUGUCCUGUGAGUUCUACAGCUACAGAGUGUCCGGCACUCCAAAGUUGCACGGAGAAUUUCGCAAAGCAGUGAAACAGCUCCCCAAAAUCUACAGCCCUGAAAGCAAGCAACAAUUUUACAAACUGAUUGACAACUUUGGCACCCAUUACGUCACCAAGGUGAAGCUGGGAGGAAGUGUUCAAUCUGUGACCAGCAUCAGGCAGUGUCAGGCCGGCCUGCAGGGCCUCAGUGUGGAUGAGGUGCAGAUGUGCCUGGAAGCUGAGGCGUCCGCCAGCAUCAAGGCUACAAUGAAAACUCAGGCAAAACAUUGCCAGAAGGACAUUGACAAGAUGGAAAGUAAGACAUCCUUCUCUGGCCUCUUCAAUGACAGGUUCACAGAAAUAAAGGGGGGCCAUACCACAGAGCCAGACCUUCUCUUCUCUGCUGACAAAAAUCCAUCAGCCUACAAAGAAUGGCUGAACACACUGCCACAGAAUCCAGACAUAAUCUCAUACUCCCUGGACUCCCUUCAUGAGCUGCUGCCUACCAGCACUCCUGUCCGGAAGAACUUGCGCUCAGCCAUUAGCCAUUACAUCCUGGAGAAGGGCCUGUGGAAGAACUGCAGUGAACGCUGUCAGGCCGGCAUCAAGAGUGACCCAAGGGAUACCUGCGUCUGCCAGUGCCACAAUGACCCCGCUGUAAACCAAGACUGUUGCCCGACACGUAAGGGCAUGGCACGGGUCAUCAUAACUGUACAGGCGGCUUCUGGUCUGUGGGGAGACCACACCACAGCAACAGACGCUUAUGUGAAGGUGUCUUUUAAUGGGAUGAUGGUCCGGCGUACUCCGGUCAUUAACAACAACAGCAACCCACAAUGGGCCACUGUUGUCGACCUGGGCACACAGGAUUUAUCGUCAGGACAUAGGGUGAAAUUUGAAGUGUGGGAUGAAGACAACAAAUGGGAUGACGACCUGCUGGGGCAAUGUGAGCAAGUUGUGUCUGCUGGACUCAAGCAGGAUCUCUGUAAUCUGCAACAUGGCAGGCUGUUCUUCACAUUGGAUGUGAAAUGUGCGCCGAGUCUGAGUGGAGCUUCAUGUAAAGACUAUAAACCUUCGCCCAUGAGUCAAAGUCUGAAGAAGCUGUAUGUGUCCCGUCAUGCACAUCCUGUUCCAAAGGCCAUCCUCUUAGAGAUGGGUGUGUUUGUGAAUGAAACACGUUCACAGAGAAACCCUAUUCUUACUCAGGGUUUUUCCUGCAUAGAAAAUAAUGAGGCAACCGCCACCAUCAGAUUUCCUGCCCAUUCCAGCUCUAGAGAAAACUGGUGGCAUGAGAGAAAACAAUAUUUUCUAGCAAGCAUUUCAUGUGGUGUAUUUCUGUCACUCGUAACUGCAAUCGCAGCAUUACAUCGCUAUGGCAGUGCUAUCGUUAUGCGUACAGUGCACCGCAAAAGCACCAAAAUUGCCGAAGAGGAGGUUAAGAGCCUUCUACCAUAGAAAAGCAUGGACCAGCCCAGCCUGGUGCACGACAGUGUUUACACUGAUAACCACAACAAGAAAUCACUAAAGAAAGCAAAACUCAUUUUCCCUGCUGUUCAAUAAUAAUUUUAUAUCACCAAUCAGAGUUUAUAAUUACCAUUGCAAACAACACUUAAAUUCUUUUUUUAAGCGACUCUACAAGUGUGACUGAAUGCCGUCUUGUACUGAGACUAUAAUGACUUUAUCAACUUUUUUCCAUUAUAUCAGUACAAAAGUUCAGACAGACACCUAUAAAAACAUAUUUAAUUACAAUACAUGAGAACAUGACUGUCAAAUAUUCUGAUAAAAGCAAGUAAAACAAUAAAAUAAUGAAAAUUAAUUAUAAAGAUUAUGAAAGUUGUAAAAGUGUGUGUGAGGGGUUAACUUAAAAUAUGUUGGGUUUUUUUAAAUUAUUUUUUUAAUGAUUUGAAAAUAGAUCUACAUUAUUAAAUUAGAUUUUGCCAGCAGAAUAAAAUUAUUUUACAAGGCAUUUAGUAUAUUUUGUUUGUUUUUGUUUUCAAAAAAAGCUUUUCCAAGUCAUGUGAUCUGCUGCAUCAGUCCAUAAACAAAUCUUACUGUGACCACAGAAAAUUGAAGAUCAUUUAAUGACCAAGAAUUCACAUUAUUCACACAAAUGACUAUCCACAAGUCACACGAGUGACUUUUUAAAUUCCCUCUAAUCACAAAGGAUGAGAAGUAUGUCUGUUGGACAGGAAUGUUUACUGUUGAUAAGUGGCUGCAACUUAAUUAUGUAAAUGGUUCCUCAUAUCUGGUAUUUUCAGUGUUUGUUUCAGUUGAACCUACAUUUAAGUCUGCAGUUUACAGUUUUUGUAUACUGAAUAAUUUGUGUUUGAAAGGAAAGUAUUGGUAAAGUAGGCACUCAGAAAUCCACAUCAGCAGAACAUCCAGAUGACUGGGAUGUAUAGCUAAAAUGUUUUAAAACCCAUAUAAAGCAGUGGCAAACAAGAUUCUUCUUAUUUUAUAUACUGCAUAUAUGUAUUUCUAUCAUACAGUACCUAUUGUACUUUAGGCACUGGCCUGGUGUUUCACAGGUCAGCAAAGUGUAUUUUUUUUUAUCAUGUGCAGUAGAUGAUCUCCAAGUUCUUGCAGGUGUAAUUGUGUGAUUAAGUGCAGCUUUUACAAAUUAUUUAUGCUGUUUUAAUAUAUACUUUGAAAUAAAAAGACUGCAGAUUUUGUGUAAUGGGCAAUCGCUUUGUAGCAUUUUAUAAUCUAUACAAACAUAAUAUAUAUGCGCAUGUUUAAUGUAUGUUAAUAAAAUUAUUUGCGUGUGUUAUUGUUUAGUUUGUUUAUCCAUAAUAAAU